GGGCCCGGCCAGUACGCGUGCGCAGUGGGUGCGGUUGCCAUGGCGCUGUCCGGCAUGGCGGCCUCCUUCCUCGGGCCGCUGCGUGCCCUUCGCGUCUCCUUGUCGCCCCGGCACCCGGCCAUCGCCGCCGCACGUCUGGCCGGCUGCAGGUACUUGGGGAUCAGUCACCGGCUGCUGGGUGUUGCUGCACUCCAAGUGCUCAUGCCUGCACUAUCGCCAACAAUGGAAAAGGGGAACAUUGUAAAAUGGAUGAAAAAGGAAGGUGAAACAGUUCAUGUUGGUGACGUAUUGUGUGAAAUUGAAACAGACAAAGCCGUUGUCUCCUUUGACUCGAGCGAUGAUGGUGUUUUAGCAAAAAUCCUGGUGGAGGACGGCACCAAAGAUGUAACAUUAGGAUCCUUAAUUGCUUUACUGGUGGCUGAAGGUGAAGACUGGACACAAGUUGAAAUUCCCACUCCAGUACAUACUUCAUCACCUGCUCAAACUGCAGCAGCAGCAGCAGUUCCGACACCGUUUUCCAGCAAAGCACAGUAUUCAGCUGGCAAAGGCGAUGUCCGUUUAAGUCCAGCUGCUCGUCAGAUCGUCCAAACCCAUGGGCUUGAACCAAGCACCACGCCGCCAACCGGACCACGGGGAAUCUUCACGAAAGAGGAUGCCCUGAAUAUGUUGAAACAUAUAGGAACCGCGACAACACCAAGAGCACCAAGCACUGCCCCUGUGCAGCCAUCUUUGAAGGUGCCUCAAGCAGUUUUGGGUGCCCCUCUGUACGCCAGACCAUCCACUCCACCAAUCUCCAUCCCGGGACAGCCAUUAGCUCCGGGCACAUUUACAGACAUUCCUGCUAGUAAUGUUCGGCAAGUCAUUGCACGAAGACUAACAGAGUCCAAGUCUACCAUCCCCCAUUCGUACGCCAGUAUUGACUGUAACAUCGAAGAAGUCUUGAAGACAAAGACGCAGCUAGCCCAAGAUGACAUCAAGGUCUCUGUGAAUGAUUUCAUUAUCAAGGCAGCUGCUGUCACACUGAAACAAAUGCCAGAUGUGAAUUCCACCUGGAGCAGUGAGGGACCUCGUCAGCUCGGCUCCAUUGACAUCUCAGUGGCUGUUGCUACAGACCGUGGCCUUGUUACCCCAAUCGUCCAAGAUGCUGCCUCCAAGGGAAUUGAAGAAAUAUCCAUCAUGGUCAAGGUUCUUGCAAAGAAAGCAAAAGCAGGAAAAUUGCUCCCCGAGGAGUAUCAGGGAGGCUCAUUCAGUAUUUCCAAUUUGGGAAUGUUCGGCAUCAACGAAUUCAUUGCGGUGAUUAACCCCCCUCAGGCCUGUAUCCUGGCCAUUGGGCGACUGCGCCAUGAUCUGGCUGUCUCUGAAGACGAUGAUGGUAACCACAGCCUCUUCCGCAAGGAAAUGAUGAUGGUCACUCUGUCCAGUGACAGCCGAGUCGUAGACGAUGAACUUGCUUCUAAGUUUUUGGAGAACUUCAGGCUCAACCUGGAGAACCCAACCCGACUGGCUUUGUUCUAGCCUACCUCUUGCAAACUUCACCUUACCGGGGAUUUGGCAUGAAACAGAGAGGUAUCACAGAAC